UAACUCAUUUGGCACUCUUUUUUUUGUGGCUUGUAGGAGAGGUCGUCACAGCAACAAUCAGGAUGGGAUGCAACUUUGCUAAGCCCCGCAGAUUUGUAUGGUGGACCGUCGCCCGGAGGUUUGCAGGCAGAUCCACCGCCAGCGAACAGAUGGUAUCGACCGGAGGAGGAGAGGCCAGUUUCGAGCAUACGGAACAUACAGAUUGAGGAGACGGCUAUGAAAGAGCUCAGAAGGAAGUACUCUGCAGUUCGAUUGGUCACAAAUGUGACAAGAUAACGUGCAGGAGACGUCAGGUAGAAGGAUGUAAAAUUUCAUUAGCCCACAUUUAUCAAGCAAAAUUCGCCUAACCACCUCGAGGUAAGCUGGAAAGAAGCAAGGCAACAGUGCAGUGAAUGGGGAUCGGAUCGGGUGUGUUGUAUCAAUGAAAUGAAUGAGCAGCACCACAGGAAGUGAGUUGAUGGCAGCGAUGUGCAGGUGCCAUUCAGUGAUCCAUUGCAACGCAGGCAGUGGCGUGGAGCAAAUUUGGUGUAGCCUGCACAGGGUGGUGAAGCUAGCUGAGGACGGAGGGACGCAAGUUGUUAAUGUGCACUCCGUAUUGGCACCUUAAACUCUCCACUCUCCUGCCUUAAUGUUUGUCACUGAUUGGUGUUGGCUUUUGCUAAUGUUUAUCCCCCGUUGUUGCCACAGCUGUGUAUGUAUAUCACAGUAUAUGUAUAUAUCCAUUCCUCAUCCCUGUAGCCACAGCAGUUGAUGUAGCAGAGCUGCUGAAUUCCCAGGUUCAGAUGUAGUCUUUCUUUGACGGUGUGUGCUUGUGUGUAUGAUGCAUUGCCCGUUUGUGAUGCUCGUUUUGCCUUUUUCAUAGCUGCCUGCUCUUGUGCGUAGAUCACUGUGCAGUAGGAACAUCGACCAAUUCUAUUGUCGGCGCCUAUCUGAAAGGACCGCAAUUCACCUAAUAGUGCCAAGAAUGGCCUACACAUUAACGGUGUGUUGUUAUCAGAAUGGGCACGAUGAGGAUUUGCAGGCAAUUUGGAGUAAGUUGCAAUGGCCAACAAUUCAGUCACUUGGAAGUAGGCCUUGACAUGACGAAUCAUUGACGAUAAUAUAUAAUAUUGUCACAGCCCCUCGUUUGUUGUCCUCUUCUCCCUCUCUGCCUACGGUUUACCGGGCAGUUCUAUUUGACGAUAUAUAUGACGAUAUAUAUUUUAACCCCGCAAGGCAUAGACCACACGGGAGAUUUGCAAAUGGCUGACCAGGAUCAUAUGGAUGAACCGCGUACUUGUGCCCCACCCUGUGUGGCCCCGAACGCUGAGGGACAGGAACAUGAUCUGCUUGGACUGCAUUUAAUCCCGCAUGGCGUAGACCCCACGAGGGAUUUGCAAAUGGCUGACCAGGAUCAUAUGGAUGAACCGCAUACUUGUGCACCACCCUGCGCAGACCCCACGGGUGAUCUACAAAUGACUGACCAACAAAAUCAGCCUGAGAUCCCCGCCAAUCUCUGUGGUCUGACUGCAACUAAUAGCUGCCUUCGCGUUCUCAAUCGGCCGUUGUAYACACCAUCAGAUUUCCUUGCAAUUGCCCUGCAGCUUGAUGUUGAUCUGGCUAAUCUCGCUGAUCCCCCCGACCUACAGCCAGAGCAUCGUAAUUACACCAGGGAAGGGGGUUCUACCAUUGCUGUCCUAGAAAUAGCGAUGAGGAAGCGCCAGCUUGAACUACGCCAUGCUCUACCAGGUGAGCUGUUAAUCCUCCAUCCCGCAUCUCUGCCUGCAUUGUGCAUGGGCCUGGCCAUUACAUGGCUAUUGUACACGCCUCUGACCAUUGGGAGGUGUGGAACGACGGUGUCAUGGUCCAUGCCAUGAUUGAUAUUACUGAUUUCUUACUCUAUGAUGCUGUUCUCUUGCCACAUCAAACUGUCCGCAACCUCCUUUAUGUCGAAGAUCAUUCCUCUGGCACCGUAGUGCAGCAGUACAAUGUACAGCCACUGUGUGACCUUCUCCUUUGCACAGCCACAGACACUGUUGCACUUGGGUGUACUCGCCAUCAUCUUUGUCACAAUCACUACCACGAGAUGGUUUCUGCAUCCAUGUGUGUACAGGAUUGUCCCUCCGUUCCUGACUGCAGGCACCCUCCUCAUCCGGACACUAUAUGUCCAUUUUGUGGCCACGGACGCUAUGCUGAAUGCAUGCUCUUUUGUGGGGGGCGUUCUUCCUUUAUUCUGGCCUGCAAUAGACAUGCUAUUUGUCAGGAAUGUAUGGUUGGCAUGCUUAAUGCCAGCCGUCGUGGCAGUUGUUGUUUUGAGAAUGCUCAGUUAGGUCUUCCAUGCGCUCAUCCACCCCAUCCUUACAAUGUGUGUCCUUUCUGUCGUCAAGGACAGCCUCAUUCUUGAGCUUUUCCCUGUGUUUAACACCUUCCCCUUCACUCUGCCUCUCUCACAGCGUGCAAGUGGGCUGUUAUGGCAUACGGGGAUGGGGGCAGCUCGCGCUCAACUUCAUCAACGUGGCGAGCCUUGCACGUGAGAGGCACAGUGGAGGUGGAGUUCAAAAAGAAGAAUGAGAAAUUUAAUGGUUUCAAUCUGCCCUUGUUUUUUCUUUUUGUUUGUAUUUUUAUUUUUAUUUUUGCAUGUUAUCACUGUGCCCGUUUUUUGCUUUUAUUCUUUGUUCCGCAAAGUGCGCUCUUUUAGUUUGUAGUGAUGUGACAAUAUAUAUAUGCACAGCAGCGGCCGUAAGUCCGUAUGCCUAAACACUAAGCUGUUGGGUGUGGCAGGCUGCUGCCUAGGUCGGUCCUAGAAGUCAUAUCCAGGAGUGGCUGAAGCUGGCUAUCAUUCAGCCAAAUUACGAAAUAAGCUUGUCUGGCUUCAGAGAUUGCUUGCCAUCUUGGAUGGCGGAUGAUCUUGUGUCUGUCAGCACUUCAGUUGUGAACUCCUGACUUGUUAUGCCCUCCUUCUCCUCCCUUCUCCGCCACUAGCUGUAUAUCCAGUUCAAGGAGGCCUCUUUCCCCCUCUUCUCUUCUUUUUUUGGAUUCCUUUUCAUCCCCAAAUGAAGGCCCACUCAUGAU